GUUACAGACUAUUUACUUUGUACAAUAAAUAAUUAGUGAGAACUUGUUAUCCAAACUGAUACAACGUUAUGGCUUUCAAAGUAUUAAAACGGACGGACAACCAAUUCGCAAGAUACAGUACAGCGAAGUUACCAGAAUGUAAUUUUAAACCUAAAAAGUACACGGGUCCAUCAAUAGCGAGGAUUGAACAUAUAAAAUCAACCAACAUCCCUCCAGCCAUAUUUGACGUAUACCAGAAGCCGCUGAUCAUCCACCAGGGACACAAACAGUGGCUGUAUGACCAUGAAGGUCGGAGGUAUUUAGACCUCUUUGGUGGAAUUGCUACGAUUUCAGUCGGACACAGUCAUCCAAAAAUAGCAGCGGCAUUGCAGGAACAAAUCGGCACACUUUGGCACACAACUAACAUCUACAGACAUCCGAAAAUUUACGAAUACGCUGAAAAAUUGAUUACCAAGUUCCCGAAACCUUUAGAGGUGGUAUACUUCGCAAACAGCGGUACAGAAGCCAAUGACCUGGCGGUGGUCCUCUCCCGCCUGUAUACAGGUAACCAGGACAUCGUGUCCCUGCAGGGAAGUUACCACGGCUGCUCCAGCGGUCUAAUGAGUCUCACCUCAACGCAGGCCUUCAGGCAACCUAAUAUGACGGCGGCGGGAUACUACCAUGCAAUGGUACCGAACCCUUACCGAGGCAUCUGGGGUGGCUGCAGGGACUCCCUGUCUCAAGUCCCCGGCGCGUGCUGCUGUCCCGGAGAUUGUCUUACCUCUGAUAAAUACGUACAUGAACUCAGUGAGCUGUUAAACAAUUCGGUACCCUCGGGUCGCUUGGCUUCCAUGUUCGCUGAGCCCAUACAAGGAGUGAACGGUAUUGUGCAAUAUCCAAAGGGAUAUCUGCGUAAAGCAAGAGACAUUGUAAAGAAAAACGGCGGACUAUUCGUUGCUGAUGAGGUGCAAACCGGUUUCGGCCGGACUGGUAAUACGUUCUGGUGUUUUGAAAGCGAAGGUAUCAUUCCAGAUAUAGUGACUAUGGCUAAGGGGAUAGGAAAUGGCUUCCCCCUUGCUGCAGUCGUCACUACUAAAGAGAUCGCUGACGCCCACACACGUGCUAUGUAUUUUAAUACAUUUGGUGGUAACGCUCUUGCUUGUACAGUUGGCAAGGCUGUUUUAGAUGUAAUCGAAGAAGAAAAUAUCCAAGAAAACAGCAAGACUGUUGGUAAAUACUUUAUAGAGCAGUUGAUGCAACUACAAAAGCAGUAUCCAAUCAUCGGUGAUGUGCGUGGAAAGGGUUUGAUGAUUGGUUUAGAUUUAGUUAAACCUGGCACAAAAGAACCUGCGGACAAUGGGGCAGAUAUUUAUGAAACCAUAAGAGAUCUUGGAGUGUUGAUAGGAUCGGGUGGACGCUGGACCCAUAAUUUAAAAAUAACACCUCCCAUGUGCAUCAAUAAAGACGAUUUUACAUCUAAAGUAUUGAAAUGUGAUGAAACUAAGGAAUCUAUAGUGGAUUAUGGAAAGAUCAUUAAGUUUGAAGGAUAUCAAAUAGUUUUAGAAAACACUAUACUAUUUCCUGCUGGAGGUGGACAGCCCCAUGAUAUUGGAUGGUUGGAUAAUAUAGAAGUGUUGCAAGUUCUACGUAAAGGAGAUGAAGCCUUACAUUUCACGAAGGAGCCUCUAGCAAUUGGUACAACAGUAACACAGAAGAUCCAAUGGGAAAGAAGGUUUGAUCACAUGCAACAACAUUCUGGGCAACAUCUUCUGUCAGCAAUAUUAGAGAAAGAGUAUGCUUUACCAACUACAAGCUGGUGGUUGGGUGCUGAUGAGAGUUAUGUAGAACUUGAUGCUACCAGUGUGACAGAGGAUGUUAUUAAAAAUGUGGAGACAAGAUGCAAUGAACUGAUCCGUGAUGCUGUUCCCGUUAAUGUAAAGUUUUGUAAAGCUAAUGAUCCUGAUUUAAAUGAGGCACACACAAGAGGUCUUCCCAAAGACUGCAUGGACACAAUAAGGAUUAUCUGCAUCGGAGAUAUUGACGAGAACAUGUGUUGCGGCACACAUGUCACUAAUCUCAGUCAAUUACAAGUGAUCAAGUUAGUGGGCACUGAGCCGGGAAAGAAAGGGAAGACAAAUUUGAAGUUCCAAGUCGGUAACAGAGUGAGAAAGACAUUUCAACAGAUGUUGGACAGAGAGAGAGCAUUAACAGCUUUACUUAAGAAUGAACCAAAUAAACAUGAAGAAUUAGUAUCAAAACUGCAGAAAAACUUUAAAAUAACAAAUAAAAGUUUGCAAAAUGUACUAUCAGAGUUGGCUCAAUUUGAAGUAGAUAGAAUUAAAAACGUCCAGCCUAAGCCAAAGUACAUUUUCAUGUGUAAAAAGGAAGCCACACCUGACUUCAAUCGUGCGAUUUGCAAGGCGUUAGAGGGAGAUAGCAUGUUUUUAUUCCUUGCGUCUUCUGAACCGGAUAAACCAAAGGAAGGUCAAAUUAUAAUUCAAGGACCCGAGGAACAUUGCAAUGAACUUGGACAACAAAUAACUGAGCUUCUAAAAGCCAAAGGAGCUUUCAAACAUGGCAAGUUCCAAGGCAAAGCGGGAGAUCUGUCUGGUUUGAAUAAAUGCAAGAAAAUAAUUGAUGAAUACUUUGCUAAUGUGUCAUAAAUAAAUAUUAAUAAACAAG